AUGAAGAUGGAACACAUUACUAAGGAGACUUUUUUGCUGACAAAAUUCUUGGGGAUAAUUGUACGUUUCAAGACUUUGAGGAUGUAUGCCCCAAAAACUAAAAAUUGUAAAAAACAACAAAAUUAGAAUUUCCUAACGGGGCUAUUUAUGAGGGUUAGUUUUUAGAUGGGAAAAGACAUGGAAAAGGGAUAUACACUUGGAAGGAUGGUAUUAAAUAUGAAGGACAAUUUGAAAAUGAUAAAAUCAAUGGAUUUGGAAUCAUGGAAUAUACCGAUAGUCGAAAAUACAAAGGGGAAUGAAGUUUGGACAUUUUAUAUGGCCAAACUCAGAAGUGUAUAAGGGAUCUCAUCACUAAAGUAAGAAAAAUGGAUUUGGAGUGUUUAAAUAUUUUAGCGGAAUAAUAUAUUAUGGAGGAUUUGUUAAUGGGUUGAAUCAUGGUACUGCUGUCCUAAUGUAAUAUAAUCAUCACCUAAAAUUUCAAAGCAGGAGGAAGGUUUAUAAAUAGAAUGA